AUGAGACCAAUAGUUGUAGGGCUCCAAGCACCAACACAGCAACUAAGCCACUUCAUAGAUGUACUCCUCAAAUCUUUAUGCCCAAUGAUACCAAGUUACAUAAGGGAUGACAUAGACUUCCUCAUACACGUUCCAAAUACGGUUCCGGAAAACACCAUACUUGCAAGCUUCGAUGCCACAUACUUAUACACGAACAUACCACACACCCUGGAUCUAGAAGCGAUAAAGCCAUGGGUAGAAAAAUACAGGGAACUCAUAGAUAAACGUUUCAAAACAGACUUUAUCACCAAAGCCACCCAAUUGAUACUUGAAGAGAACACAUUCUCAUUUAACAAGUCAUACAGGCAGAUAAGGGGCACGGCUAUGGGUACGAACUUCGCACCCUCAUAUCCCAACCUAGUGAUGGGUUUCCUUGAGAACAAACUAUACGAUGAAAUAGGGAACGUCUUCGAACACAACUUCAGAGAAGACAUCAAGAAAAAGUGGAAACGCUACCUCGAUGACUGUUUCAUCUUUUGGAACAGAUCAGAUGAUCUACGAACAUUCCACAACAUCCUCAACACAUUGCACCCAUCUAUUCACUUCACGAUAGAUACCAACUACAACGAACUUCUCUUCCUAGACAUCAGCAUCAAGAUACACAACUCCAUCGUCACGACAAAUUUCUACUACAAAAAAAACGAACACACCAAUAUUUAA